AUGCCAGCGGUGCUGUGGGACAGGGUGACACUGACCUGCCAGGGCUCGGGGACCGCCGGUGCCACCACCUGGUACAAGGACGGGCGGCUCUGGGGGCAGGAGGGACAGGUCAGCUUCACUGUCACCGAGAGUGGCACCUACCAGUGUCAGAAACCUGGCAGCAGGCCCAGCCCUCCUGUGAUGGUGUCAAAUGAGCCGCUGGUGCUGCAGGCGCCAGCACGGGCGCUGCUGGAGGGGGACACAGUGACACUGCGCUGCCGGGGCUCACAAGACAACGCUUUCACCAUGGCGCGAUUUUAUCAGAAUGAGAAGGAGCUCGGGGGGUCCCUCAGGGGCACCGAGCUGUCUCUUCCUCCCCUGCGGCCACACAACAGCGGCCGCUACCGCUGCGGGGUCCUGGCGGAUUCAAGAAUGUCACUGUCAGCACCGGUGACAGUGGCAGUGCACGAUCUCUUCAUGGUGCCGGAGCUGGAGGGUCCCCCCGAGCUCCCCGAGGGGUCCCCCCUCAAUCUCAGCUGCCUCAGCACCCCCAGCCCCCUGCGGCCCCGAGCCCCCCUCCUGUACCGCUUCUACCGGGACGGGCAGUUGGUGGGGGGCCCGCAGGGGUCCCCGCAGCUCCUGGUGCCCGCCGUGGGGGUCUCCCACUCGGGGAAUUACAGCUGCGAGGUGCGCUCCGAGGGGGGGGCCGUGCGGAAGAGCAGCGCCCGGCUCGGCGUCACGGUGCGCAUGCCCGUGGCCAAUGCCACCAUCAGCCCCGGUCCCCCGGCACUCCAGGUGUGCCCAGGUGACCCCGUGACCCUGCGCUGCUCAGUGCAGGUGGGCUCAGCCCCUGUCACCUUCACCUGGCUGCACGACGGGCACGAGGUGGCCCAGGGUCCCCUCCUGGAGCUUGGGGCUGUCGAUGUGGGACAUUCAGACACCUACCAGUGCGUGGCCACCAACCAGCUGGGACAGGACGGGCACCGUGUGUUCCGGGCACUCAGCCCAGAGCUGGCCCUGGAGGUGACACCGCAGGGAACCACUGGACACCACUGGAGCACAGGUGGGGUCACAUGGGGCUCCUGUGUGGAUCUGAGAUCCCUGGAUCACAGAUGA